AUGGCUUACUCGACAGAAACGAACGCUCCUUAUCUCUUCCCCAGAUCCAAUUCAACUGUUUUACCCGACCCGUCUCGCUUCUUCAGCCAGGAGCUCCUCUCAUCUCCCCUCCCAACAAACUCAUUCUUCCAAAACUUCACUCUCAAAAACGGCGACCAAGCCGAAAACUUCCACCCUUACCUCAUCAAAACAUCUGCUCCAUCUCUCUCCAUCUCAUACCCAUCUCUCACUCACAACCCUUCUGUCAUCUACAACACCUUCACCGCCGACAUCAUCAUCACCGGGUCAGACGGACCCGACCCGCACUCCAGGAAAACUCAUCUAGUCUCUUCCUUCAGCGACCUCGGCGUGACGCUAGACUUCCUUUCCUCUAACCUCAGAUUCUUCCUCGUUAGAGGAAGCCCCUUCAUCACCUGCUCUGUCUCCAACAACAACUCCCCCAUCACAAUCUCAACUCCCCACGAGGUUUUAUCCUUCUCCGGUAACAGGUCAUCCACCAAGUACACCGCCAAGCUCAACAACAACCAGACAUGGCUUAUAUACGCCUCUUCUCCGAUCAAUCUCGUCAACAACAGCGGUUCCACGAUUAACUCCAGUGGGGGAUUCUCCGGUAUCAUCCGGUUCGCCGUGCUACCGGAUUCAGAUUCCGAACCAAUCCUAGACCGGUUCAGUGUCUGUUACCCAAUUUCCGGAGACGCUGACUUCACAAAACCAUUUUCUUUGGAGUAUAAGUGGGAAAAGAGAGGCUACGGAGACCUCCUCAUGCUCGCUCACCCUCUCCACCUCAAGCUACUAUCCGGUUCAACCACCGUUCUAGAGAACUUCCGUUACAAUAGCCUUGAUGGAGAUCUUGUAGGCGUCGUCGGAGAUUCAUGGCUUUUAAAACCAGACUCUCUUCCCGUGACGUGGCACUCUCUCAAAGGAGUCAAAGAAGAUCACCGCCACGAGAUCAUCUCCGCCCUCGUCGAAAACGUCAACGCCUUGGACUCAUCUGCUGACGUCACGAGCUCCUCCUACUUCUACGGGAAACUCAUCGCGAGAGCCGCGAGGUUAGUUUUAAUCGCCGAAGAAGUUUCCCACCUCGACGUGAUCCCGAAGAUUAGAGACUAUCUCAAGGCCAUGAUCGAACCGUGGUUGGACGGGAGUUUCGGACCGAACGGGUUCUUGUACGACCCCACGUGGGGUGGUCUGAUCACGAAGCUAGGGGCUAAUGACUCGGGAGGUGACUUCGGGUUCGGGAUUUAUAACGAUCAUCAUUAUCAUUUAGGUUAUUUUCUAUACGCGGUUGCCGUGCUCGUCAAGAUUGAUAACUUGUGGGGCAAGAAAUAUAAACCUCAGGCGUAUGCUGUGAUGGCGGAUUACAUGACGUUUGGGAAAAAUGAUUCGAAUUCGGUUUAUACGCGUUUGAGGUGUUUUGAUUUUUUUAAGCUUCAUUCUUGGGCGGGUGGGUUAACGGAGUUUACUGACGGGAGGAAUCAAGAGAGUACGAGUGAGGCUGUGAAUGGUUAUUACUCCGCUGCUUUGUUGGGGUUGGCUUAUGGCGAUAUAGAACUUGCGGCGGUGGCUUCGACUGUUUUGUCGUUAGAGAUUCACGCCGCGAAGAUGUGGUGGCAGGUGAAAGAAGACGGUACAAUGUACCCGAGCGAUUUCACUGCGGAGAAUCGUGUGGUUGGGGUUUUAUGGUCGACGAAGAGAGACAGUGGCUUAUGGUUCGCGCCAAAAGAAUGGAAAGAGUGUCGCCUUGGAAUCCAGCUAUUACCGAUACUUCCGGUGUCGGAGAUUCUGUUCUCGGAUGUGAACUUCGCGAAACAGCUUGUGGAUUGGACUGUACCGGCGUUAGCGAGAGAAGGAGGCGUCGGAGAAGGGUGGAAAGGCUUUGUGUAUGCUUUGGAAAGUAUAUACGACAAAGAUGGAGCGAUGGAGAAGGUUAAAGGAUUAAAAGGGCAUGAUGAUGGGAACUCUCUGAGUAAUCUAUUGUGGUGGAUUCACAGUAGAAACUCUGGUGAUGCUUGA